UGUUGGUGAGGAGAGCAGCAGCGUGUUUUGUUCAUAUCCUACUCAGGUCCUGAGGUGGAUGGUUUUUUGGCUCUUCAGGAAGAAUGUACCACAGUAUGUGCUGUAAUCGCUGGUCUUCUGACGAGAGGCUGGAUGGAAAAACAGUCAUCAUCACCGGGGCCAACACCGGCAUCGGCAAAGAAACAGCCAGGGACCUGGCGAGAAGAGGCGCACGCAUCGUGAUGGCGUGCAGAGACCUGGAGAGAGCAGAGGAGGCGCGGACGGAAAUUCUGCAAGACACGGGAAAUGAGAACAUCGCCAUCAGGAAACUGGAUCUGUCCGACACCAAGUCCAUCAGGGCGUUCGCUGAGCUCAUAAUCAAAGAGGAGAAGCAAGUGAACAUCCUGAUAAACAACGCAGGCAUCAUGAUGUGUCCCUUCUCCAAGACGGUGGACGGCUUCGAGCUGCAGCUGGGAGUCAAUCACUUGGGUCACUUCCUGCUCACUCACCUGCUGCUGGACCUCAUCAAGCGUUCAGCCCCGGCCCGUAUCGUGGUGGUGGCGUCGGUGGCCCACACCUGGACGGGGCUCCGGCUGGAUGACGUCAACAGCGAGAGGAACUACGACACCAUGAAGGCGUACGGACAGAGCAAGCUGGCCAACGUCCUGUUUGCUCGCUCACUGGCCAAACGGCUCCACGGAACCGGGGUGAGUGUGUUCUCCCUGCACCCGGGGGUGGUGCAGUCCGACCUGUGGAGGCACCAGCACCAGUGCAUCCAGGUGGCCGUGAAGAUUUUCCGGAUUUUCACCAAAACGACCGUGGAGGGAGCUCAGACCACCAUCUACUGCGCCGUGGAGCCCGGCCUGGAGAGUCAGAGCGGGGGCUACUUCAGUGACUGUGCCCCCGCACGCAGCUCGAGGGCGGCCUCCGAUGACGACUCAGCCAACAAACUGUGGGAAAUCAGCUGCAACAUGCUUGGCAUCACCUGGCAGUGAACAGUGGGAGAUGAACUGUGUAGUGGAGGACGUUGUGUGUGUAAUGUGUGAAUUUCAUCUUUAAAAAACAACAGACGGCACUGUUAAGCACUUAAAGAGGCGUUGUUGUUUCUGUUAAUUUUGUGAAAUUCUGUAUUUUAAUAAUUGGAAGUUCAAUAUGGUCUCGAUAGGACUGAAUCUCUAUCAAGGGCUCCUUUAUUUUAUACACAACUGGAAGAAUCUUAUGUUUAGUCAAUUGCAUUGAUCAAACAGGGUUUCAUGUUCUACCAAUAUUGUCAGAUUGUUUUUAGUACUCUGUAGAAUGUUGAGGAAAUACUUUUGAAUUAUCUUUUCACCACAUUUUUGCUAGUUUAUAGCUCUUUAUAUUCUUUGUAAAGUUGAUUUCCUUUUUUUGGGGUUUUUUGACCCAUCGUGAAAUCCUCUCUUAAAUUUACCAAUCAUUCAGUUUCUAGUGGCCUGUGAAAUAGACGGGUCGUUUUUUGCCCAUGACGAGAACGAUUUGGCUCCAAACGGCCUUAAAAAUACUUUUUUCAAAGUAACAUGUGAAUGAAGUAAUGUGGAGCUGGCAAUAGGAAAUGGUUUACGUUCUUAUUUUGUGGCAUCAGAAUGUACAUUUAAAUGAGGAGUAAACAUUUUUUUUCUUCGUGCCUCUGGGUGGCACGGUGGUGCAGUGGAUAGCCUCACCACCCCACAAACAGCUUCUGGGCUCGAACCAUCCUGACAGCCUAGGCCUUUAUUGUGUCCUUAUUCUCCUUGUGCCUCUGCAGGUUUCCUGUGAGUGCUCUUUUUUCCACAGACAUGAAGGUUAGAUGGUUGUUCGGUUCUCAGCCCUGUGGUUGUCAGGUGAU